CCAGCUUCCUCCUGAUGGGGCACAGGAUGCUGGGGGAGGACUUCUUGGCCGGGGGAUAAGAGGCUCCAGUGCCAGCCGACAGACGGGAACCUGACGCCUGCGGGAGCCCAGGCACAUCUUCUCACCUCCAGGAGCCAUGACAGGCCUCCACCUCCUCCUGCUGGCCAUCCUGCUGUGCUGGGAGCGCGCGCCAGCCCUGAGCCUACAGUGCUACACCUGCAUUGAUAUGGAGAACGGUGGUCCCUGCCAGCCCCUCCCGUGUCCGAUGCCCGGUGUCUGCUACAGCAGCAACAUGACCUUGACCAAGGGCGAUGGAAAGCAGCUGAAAUACCAGCAGAAGGGGUGCGCCCCCUCCUGCGACGAAGUUUCCAGGGUAAUGCAGCAGCUCUCCCAGAUGAGCCCCAUGGAUGUCCUGGACCCUGCAGACCUGCAGGGCCAACCUAAGUUUGAAUCGCAGGGUCUGGUGUGCUGUGAAAAGGACCUGUGUAACGGGGGGACAGGGCACCUUGGCCCUGGUGGGGGGCUCCUGCUCAGCCUAGGACCCGUCCUGCUCUGGGCCCUGCUGUGACCAGCUCUGACUCCAGCACAGAAAGCGGGGCCUCGUUCUGAACAGAGUCUGACACAGCACACGCACGCACAGGCACACACACGCACCCACGAGCACAGACCCUGAAAACCUCCGCCACCCCUACCCAGCCCACCUGUCCAGCCCUAGGCUCAGGCCCCCAGUGCCCUGCUAUGUUCACAAGCUUAUCCAAUUUUGCAAACACCAUCAACCAACUAUUGGCCCAAGAUGCAGAGACGGCCGCGCCCUGACCGGAGGGGCCUCUAGGAGAGCAAAGGCAGCAGCCCUGCCCAGGUCCUGCCCCCAGUGUGCCAGCCCGUGCCAGGAGAAAAUAAACCUUUCUGCA